GUACAACCCAACGCCUCCUUUUCUUAGAAACAACACUCGAGACGGAACGGUCGGUUGCCUCAGUUAUGGUGUCUUCUGCAACUGCUAUUCUUCUCAGGAGAUUCAUCUCCUCGAGCAGAGAAGGCAGUCUGCCGUCCCUAUCGUCUUUUUCUACUACAACUCAUCUCUUCCAAUCUCUCAAAACCCUAACCUCCAAUUCCAAACCUUCUCAACACGAAGACAACAGCUUUCUUGGAGAAAACGAAGCCGGAACCUCCAAGGACGACUACUUCGCUGCCAUUCACCACAUCUCCAACAUCGUUCGCCGCGAUUUCUAUCUGGAACGGACCCUCAACAAACUUCAAAUCAACGUCACCUCCGAACUCGUUUACAGAGUUCUCAGAAGCUGCGGUAAGUCCGGCAUUGAAUCCUUCCGUUUCUUUAACUGGGCUCGGAACCAGCCCCGCUACGAACCCACGUCCAUCGAAUAUGAAGAACUUAUCAAAAUUCUAGGCCGAACCCGUAACUGGGAAACCAUGUGGAAGAUCGCAGAACAGAUGAAAAAACAAGAACUUGUUCUCACUCCUGAGACCUUCUCGUUGAUUAUCGAGUCCUAUGGCAAGCACGGGCUUGUCGAUAAGGCGGUUGAGGUCUUUAAUCGGAUGAGGAACUUCAAUUGCCCUCAGACCCCAGAGGUCUAUAAUUCCUUGCUUUACGCUCUCUGUGAGGUUAAGAAUUUUGAAGGGGCUUAUGCUUUGAUCAGGCGGAUGGUACGGAAGGGAGGUGUUCCUGAUAAGAAGACUUAUGCCGUUCUUGUUAAUGGGUGGUGCUCAGCUGGGAAGCUGAAAGAAGCACAGGAAUUCUUGGAAGAGAUGAGUAGAAAGGGCUUCAAUCCUCCUGUUCGUGGUCGUGAUCUUUUGAUAGAGGGUCUGCUCAAUGCGGGUUAUCUCGAAUCAGCGAAGGGAUUGGUUAGGAAGAUGACUAAAGAAGGGUUUUUGCCUGAUAUAGCGACGUUUAAUUCUCUUUUGCAAGCUAUUUGUAACUCUGGAGAGGUCGAUUUCUCUAUUAAUCUUCUGCAUGAUGUUUGCAGCUUGGGGCUUUGUCCUGAUACUAACACUUACAAGAUCAUGAUACCGGCUGUAUCGAAAGUGGGUAGGAUGGAUGAAGCAUUUAGGCUUCUCCAUUGUUCAAUCGAGGAAGGUCACAAGCCAUUUCCAAGUUUAUAUGGUCCAAUUCUUAAAGCGCUUAUCCGGAUGGGUCAAUUUGAUGAUGCAUUUAGCUUUUUCAGUGAUAUGAAGGCCCAGGGUCAUCCACCGAAUCGGCCUGUUUAUACAAUGUUGAUAAAGAUGUGUGCGCGUGGUGGGAGAUUUGUUGAAGCUGCCAAUUAUUUGGUGGAGAUGACUGAAUUGAAUAUGUCGCCCAGGCUGCAGUGCUUCGAUAUGGUUACUGAUGGAUUGAAGAACUGUGGGAAGCAUGACCUGGCUAAGAGGAUUGAGCAGUUAGAGAUAUCUCUUCGUGGGGUUUGAGUGAGACUUGGAAAUUU